AUGGCAGCAUCAGCCCUCCUCAAAUCUCGCGUACGGCGACCCUCCUACCUCAACAAACUCGCCAAAGCGGAGGACUUGAUUGAUCUCUUCCCCCAUGGAUCGUACAUCGGCUGGUCCGGAUUCACGGGUGUAGGAUAUCCUAAGAAAGUCCCCACCGCCCUCGCCGACUACGUCGAAAAGAACAACCUCCAGGGCAAACUCAAGUACAGCCUCUUUGUCGGAGCCUCCUCCGGCGCUGAGACGGAGAACCGAUGGGCGCGGUUGAACAUGAUCGAGCGGCGGAGUCCGCACCAGGUCGGCAAGGAGAUUGCGCGGGGAAUCAACACGGGCGAUAUCAAGUUCUUUGACAAGCAUUUGAGCAUGUUUCCCAGUGAUUUGGUUUAUGGCUGGUACACGCUCAACAAGCCCAAGAACCGCCUCGAUGUCGCCGUCAUCGAAGCCUCGGCCAUCACUGAGGACGGUGGCAUCAUUCCCGGUGCCUCCGUCGGCGCCUCGCCCGAGUUUGUGCAGAUGGCCGACAAGAUCAUUAUUGAGGUCAACACGGCCAGUCCCUCGUUUGAAGGCUUGCACGACAUUGUCAUGUCGGACAAGCCACCACUCCGUAAACCCUACCUGAUCAUGCAGCCCGAGGACCGCAUCGGCACGCCGCACAUUCCCGUCGACCCCGAGAAGGUGGUUGCCAUUGUCGAGUCGGACUACCCGGACCAGACGCAGCCCAACGCUCCCGAGGACGCGGGCUCGCAGGCCAUCGCCAGCAACCUGAUCGAGUUCCUCAAGCACGAGGUCAACCACGGCCGGCUGCCCAAGAACCUGCUGCCCAUCCAGUCGGGUAUUGGUAACAUCGCCAACGCGGUGAUUGGCGGCCUCAGCAAGGGCGGCGCCGACUUCACGAACCUCAAGGUGUGGACCGAGGUGUUGCAGGACUCGUUCCUGGAUCUGUUCGACAGUGGCAACCUCGACUUCGCGACCGCGACCUCGAUCCGCUUCAGCCCGGAUGGAUUCAAGCGGUUCUACGACAACUGGGAGCGCUACGCCGGCAAGCUGCUCCUCCGCCCGCAGCAGGUCUCCAACUCCCCUGAGAUUAUUCGGAGACUGGGCUGCAUCGGCAUGAACACCCCCGUCGAAGUAGACAUCUACGCCCACGCCAACAGCACCUGCGUGAUGGGCUCGCGGAUGCUGAACGGACUGGGCGGCUCUGCCGACUUCCUGCGGUCCAGCAAGUACAGUAUCAUGCACACCCCGAGCACGCGGCCCAGCAAGAUCGACCCCACGGGUGUCAGCUGUAUCGUGCCGUUCUGUACGCACAUUGACCAGACGGAGCAUGAUUUGGAUGUGGUUGUCACCGAGCAGGGUCUCGCCGACGUCCGCGGCCUCUCCCCCCGCGAACGCGCCCGCGUCAUCAUUGACAAGUGUUCCCACCCCGACUACAAGCCCAUCCUGACGGACUACCUGGACCGGGCGGAGUUUGAGUGUCUCAAGAAGGGCAUGGCGCAUGAGCCGCACCUGCUGUUCCAGGCGUUCAAGAUGCACCAGAAUCUGCAGGAGAAGGGAACGAUGAAGAUUGAUUCAUGGGAGUAG